GCCACGUGCAGACCCUCCGGGAGUCGGAGCCCGACGAGCGUCGCCGGUCCCUGGCACCUGCCAGACAGCGACACCAUGAGCUUCGUGGCGUAUGAAGAGCUGAUCAAAGAGGGUGACACAGCCAUCCUGUCACUGGGCCAUGGUGCGAUGGUGGCAGUGCGCGUGCAGCGUGGGGCCCAGACCCAGACCCGGCACGGCGUCCUUCGGCAUUCAGUAGACCUCAUUGGCCGCCCCUUCGGCUCCAAGGUGACCUGCGGCCGAGGUGGCUGGGUGUAUGUGCUGCACCCUACACCUGAGCUCUGGACGCUGAACCUGCCGCACCGCACCCAGAUCCUCUACUCCACCGACAUCGCCCUGCUCACCAUGAUGCUGGAGCUCCGGCCAGGCUCUGUGGUCUGUGAAUCGGGCACCGGCAGCGGCUCCGUGUCGCACGCCAUCAUCCGCACCAUUGCACCCACGGGCCACCUGCACACGGUGGAGUUCCACCAACAGCGGGCAGAGAAGGCUCGGGAGGAGUUCCAGGAGCACGGCGUGGGCCGAUGGGUGACCGUGCGCACCCAGGACGUGUGCCGCAGCGGCUUCGGCGUGAGCCGCGAGGCGGACGCUGUCUUCCUGGACAUCCCCUCGCCUUGGGAGGCCGUGGGCCAUGCCUGGGACGCCCUGAAGGUUGAAGGCGGGCGCUUCUGCUCCUUCUCCCCGUGCAUCGAGCAGGUGCAGCGCACAUGCCAGGCACUGGCGGCCUGUGGCUUCUCGGAGCUCAGCACCCUGGAGGUGUUGCCCCAGGUCUACAACGUGCGCACCAUCAGCCUGCCCACGCCCGACCUGGGGGCCAGUCCGGGCCCCGACGCCGGCCCCUUCCGCAGCGGCAUGCCCAUGAAGGAGACCGUGGGCCACACCGGCUACCUGACCUUCGCCACCAAGACCCCGGGCUAGUGAGCCGCCCGCAGGAGCUCCAGGGAGCUGGGAGCACCGCGGGGCCGUACGGGGAGGCGAAGCUCGGCCAGAGGCUGCCUUAUAUGGUCGGCGGGUGCCCGCCGGGGCCUGUGUUUAGAAACCCAAGGACGCGGGGUGGGGCGGGGCUGGGGGCCUCCCGCGCGGCUGAGUGGGGCUGCAGCGGUGGAGCAGCGUCCAGCCCCGGGGAGGG